ACUACAGGACCAUGGCUACCAUGGCACUGAUAGGCUUGGAUCCUUAGCAAGAGACAGUGACCAGACCCUCCCUCUCUCUCUCUCUCUCUCUCUUCUCCUCCUCUUUUACAAUCUCUCGUAUCUCACUCUGCUGUCGUAGAGACUGCAGGCUGCACGCGCUCAGUGAGUCCUUCUCUCUGUCCUCCUAUCUCACUCAGCGUUUCAGGAACGGAAGCUGACUCUUCUGCACUGUUCUCUGCAUGACUGUCACAAAGAUGUCAUGGCGGCCGACCUACCGGAGCUCCAAGUUUCGAAACGUCUAUGGCAAAGUGGCCAACCGAGAGCACUGCUUCGAGGGCAUCCCGAUCACGAAGAACGUCCAUGACAACCACUUCUGCGCGGUCAACGCCAAGUUCCUCGCCAUAGUAACGGAGAGCGCGGGAGGAGGAUCUUUCGUCGUUAUCCCGGUCACUCAGUUUGGCCGUAUUGACCCUCACUAUCCAAAGGUCUGCGGUCACCAGGGCAAUGUGCUGGACAUCAAAUGGAAUCCUUUCCAUGACAACAUAAUCGCUUCUUGUUCAGAGGACUCUUCUGUGCGAAUAUGGGAGGUUCCUGAUGGUGGACUGAGGAGGAAUUUGACAGAGUCUGUAUUAGAACUGUAUGGCCACAGCAGGCGUGUGGGGCUCAUAGAGUGGCACCCAACCACUAGUGGGAUUCUCUUCAGUGCUGGAUAUGACUACAAGAUCCUCAUUUGGAAUCUUGAGAUAGGAGAGCCAGUGAAAAUGAUUGACUGUCACACAGAUGUGAUCCUCUGUAUGUCAUUUAACACAGAGGGCAGCCUGCUGGCCACCAGCUGCAAGGACAAGAAGCUCCGCGUCAUCGAGCCCCGCUCAGGCAGAGUGCUGCAGCAGGAGGCGAACUUUAAAAACCACAGAGUGAACCGUGUUGUGUUCCUAGGCAACAUGAAACGACUCCUAACGACAGGUGUGUCUCGCUGGAACACACGCCAGAUUGCUCUCUGGGACCAGGAGGAUCUGUCAAUGCCAAUCAUUGAGGAGGAGAUUGACGGCCUAUCAGGACUGCUUUUCCCUUUCUAUGAUGCAGACACACAUAUGCUCUACUUAGCAGGCAAGGGUGAUGGGAACAUCCGGUACUAUGAGAUCACCCUGGAGAAACCCUACCUGCAGUAUCUCAUGGAGUUCAGGUCCCCUGCACCACAGAAAGGGCUCGGAGUGAUGCCAAAGCAUGGGCUGGAUGUAGGAGCGUGUGAAGUCUUCAGGUUUUAUAAAUUGGUGACUCUGAAGGGCCUGAUUGAGCCAAUCUCUAUGAUUGUACCUAGAAGGUCAGAGACAUAUCAGGAGGACAUUUAUCCCAUGACCCCUGGGACAGAACCUGCUCUGUCUGCCGAUGAGUGGCUCAGUGGAAUCAACCGAGGUCCGGUGCUCAUCUCCUUAAAAGAGGGCUACAACAGACCAAACAAGCUGGUGUUCAAGGCUCCUGUGAAGGAGAAGAAGAGUGGAGUGGUCAAUGGGAUUGACCUGCUGGAAAACGUGCCUCCCCGUACAGAGAAUGAGCUCUUGCAGAUGUUCUUCAGGCAGCAGGAAGAGCUGCGGCGACUGAAGGACGAACUUACACAGAAGGACAUUAAGAUUCGACAGCUCGAGCUGGAGCUCAAUAACACAAGGAACAGCCCAAAUAUCAACAACAACAAUAACAGCAGCAGCAGCAGCAAUGGUAGCAGCAUUUGACACUGGAUCUGUGCUGUGUCUAUUGAUUUCCUUAAGUGACACACUAUAAGCCCUGAGCGCUGCAGAAACACACAGGCUUCCUUUUGCCUAAAACUCCAAUAUCCCUCCUCUAAGACCACAGAAGAGCAAGUGCUUGUCUUUAUAAAGCAGUGUUUUGCUCUGACCCCAGUGUUGACCCCACAGCUGUUGUGUGCUACAUCAACUUUAUUGGAGUGAUGAUUCACUAACCCUGCGAAAACUGUCCCAUCACGUGACCUUCAGUCACACUGUCGGUUUACCUACAGUGGAUUGAUUCUCUCUGUGGAUCGGUUUUGGUACAAGCUAUUCAUUGCAUUAUCAUCUCAUAAUUGUAGACUAAAUUGAAUUCAUAGGAUUAUUAAUUUCUUUUUUUUCUUUUCUUUUCUUUGCCUCGUUCUACACAGCUUAAUAAACUCCAUAUAGAGAAGAAACGUGUUUUAAUAAGGUCAAACAGACGUGCUUCGCCCAUCAUGCUGUUAUCUCAUGUAAACACUAGGUCUGUUGCAUCAUUUUGAUAUGACCCACAGUGGCGUUUUAAUGUAGAAACUCAAAACACCAGAGUGCAGUAAUCUUACACAACAGAUGAUAUUUAUCCAGCUGACAUGCUCCUCAAUCUAGAAGGGUUGUAAUAGAAGUUGGGGAAUUUGUAGCUUCACAAUUUAGAUCCUUUUCACACUGUGCAAUGUGAAAUACGUUCAAAUCGGUUUAUAGAGGCAAUUCAAAUGGGUUUUAAGGUUAAACUUAAGUGUACAUUUAGAAAAAUUAAACUCUGCACUAGAUGAAAACAUUCAAAAAUGGUCAAAUCCAGUUAUGAAAUGAAUUAGUAAUACAUGUAGUUCCAUAGAAAAAGUAAAGUUCAAAGAGGACGUGAGAAAACAUAAGUUCAACAAAUUAAAUAAUGAAAGACAGAAA